UCAAGCGUCUAUCGGCGUUUCCAUUCAUGUUGAAAGUUGUUUGUUUACAUCUCGCAACGGUAGCAGCAAGAUGAUCGCCAAAAUCUUCCUCAUUUUGAAUUUAUUUUGCAGUGUUAAAGGAGCCUUAGAUGAUAAAUUUCACUCAUAUGACAUCGUAAAGACCAAGCACAUUCAUGUUCACUCUUUGUCAAAACGAAGCAUUGAGGAAAGAAGAUUCACCAAAGAGAUCAAACUUUCAGCAUUCGGCAAGAACUUUACGAUUCAUGCCAAACCUAGUCAUCUGUUCAGCUCCACAUUCAAACUACGAGCGGUGCAUGCCGAUGGAUCAAAAGAGGAAGUGUUUGGCUUCAACCAAGAGAACUUCUUUGAAGGGGUAGUUGAAAAUGAUAGAAAUUCGGAGGCAAGUUUUCACAUGGAUGACAAUACUGGCGUGUUCACGGGGGUGUUUGCCACCAAUGGCGAAGAGUUUGUGGUUGAGCCGCUUUCCCACCAUGCUGAGAAGGAGGCCAUGGACUUCCACGACGAGUCCACUAUGGUUGCCUACAGACAUUCAGACAUCAAAACUGACUCGCAUCCAAAAUGUGGAGCAAUCCACCCAGAGGUUGAGCAAGGUGGUGAUGAUGAUGAAGAUGAGAUUGAAGUAGCAUUUAACCAGCAUAGCUCAGGUGAAGGUCAGAGGGCUAAAAGGGCUGUAGGAGAAAAGACCUGUCAGGUUGCAGCUAUAGCUGACUAUCGAUUCUACGAGCAUAUGGGCAGAAGCAGCAUAUUUAAAACUGCAAACUAUAUUGCAAACAUUAUGACAAGAGUGAACCAGAUUUACAAAUCUACUGGCUUCCGUGGUGGCAAUGGGUAUGGAUUUGAAUUCAGUGAGAUGGAGAUCCACACUGCAGCAUCUACUGGUGAUGACAUUGCCAAGUACCCAUACAACAUCGCCAAGUCCAGCUGGGAGCCAAGAGAACUACUAACUGAAUUAAGCAAAACGAGUGAGUUUCCAAGUGCAUGUUUGGUCCACCUGUGGACAGCGACCCAGUUUGAGGACAGUGUACUGGGACUCGCAUAUAUCGCUAGUUCGAAGGCAGGAGCUCUUGGAGGAAUAUGCUCACCACCCCGGUCCUACAGUGGAGUUUUAAGGUACUUCAACACUGGCUGGUCCUCAUCCAAGAAUGGAGCAGGCAGUACUGUCACCUUUAACCAACAAGCUCUUUUAGCAGCUCACGAGUUUGGUCACAGCCUGGGCAGUGAACACGACCCUUCCUCUGGUGACUGUGCCCCAAGCAGCUUCUUCGGUGACGGCAAAUACCUCAUGUACACCUACUCUGUGAGUGGUGAAGACCCGAACAAUGGUGAAUUGUCAUCCUGCAGUAUUAAUUACAUAAAUGGAGUUUUAUCAACCAAAUCCUCCUGCUUCGUGGUUGCACGAGGUGAACAACUUUGUGGAAAUGGGCGUAUGGAUGCGGGAGAAGAAUGUGACGGAGGGUUUCUGGGAAUGGUCAACCAGGACACGUGCUGUGCCAGUGACUGUACGCUGAGACCAGGAGCUUUUUGCAGCCCUGCAAAUAGUGACUGCUGUACAGACAGCUGUUUUACGGCCCCAAGCACUGUAGUCUGUAAAGGUGAUGUGGAAGGGUCCUGUACGGAGGAAGUGUCUUGCGAUGGAAAUAGCGUGGAAUGCCCCAAGACGGUAACCAACAAGGCAGAUGGUACACUAUGUACUGAUGGCGGGUCUUGCCUGUCGGGAAGUUGCUCAGGGUAUUGUGAAUAUCGGGGAAAGAUCUCCUGUGUAUGCGAUUCUGUUGAGAACUCAUGCAAGCGAUGUUGCCGUGAUAACACCACCACUCCAUGUACCUUGUACAGCAAUGAUGCUCUUGCCGAUGGCAGAUCCUGUGUCCAGGGAUAUUGUGCUACUGGUGUGUGUAUCAAGGUCACCACAGACCUUGUAGAGCGACUGUGGGACUUGAUUGAUGAAAUCAGCAUUGACUUUCUUGUUGAAUCCUUCAAGACGAACAUGGUGGCGUGUGUGACAGGUUUCUCCCUCAUUCUCUACGUUCCUAUUUGUAUCAUCAUUUGGUGUGUGGACCGACGUCGCAUGAAGAAAUGGGAAACUGAAAACAAGGUGCACGUGAGAACGGAUCGGACCCUAGCUAAAGACGAAGACAAGCGGCCCAUCAACCGGACACUGAACGCCAGCGACCUUAUGGACGACUCAUACAGACGACCGAACAGUAGAAACCAGAUACAACCAACAUUUAGUGUAGCAUAACAUGAGUUUGGUCAAGGUCAUUUUAUUUUAAAGGGAAUCUAAAUAUAAUUCAACUUUAAUGUAUUUCUGAUUAAUUAUAAAAGAAAAUAAGGCAGAUAAUAACAUUGCGUAAUAAUACCAACUUUGGAAAACAGCCUUGUUUAUGAUUGUAUAUGAAGCACAUACACAACAUACAUAUUUAAAACUGUUGUUUCAAUAGGAAAGACAAUAGUCUCAUCACCAUAAAAACUGCUGUUUCUUUCUUUUUCAUUUUGAAUUAAUUGAUGAUAUAAUGAUGUACUUCACAAAAGAGACAUGCACUGUGUUAAAAGUAUUAAAUAUAUUUGUGCAUUUUAUUAUAAAAUGUUUGCACAUUAAAAAGUAAUGAAUUAUUUAUGUCACAUUUUUUCUGUAAAUUUAAUCCUGAAUUUAUUGAUAAAAUUUAGUGUUCAAAAUUUUAUUUUGUUUAAUGGUAUGCCGCUUUUUCAAAUUCGUCGUAUGUUUAUUUAAAUUAAUCAGCAGUCAGCUGUUAUUGACUUUAAUCAGGUGAAUCGGCUGAAUUAAAUAGAGGCUGGGCCAAAAGACAAAUCAUGACUUUGAACACUAUUUAUCAAUAUGCUGUUUAUCUAUAUAGAUUAAACCUACACAUUUUUUGUAUUUGCUUGCAAUGAGAGUUUUAUAAUAUUUUUUUUAUAAUCAGGGUAGAAACAUCUUUUACAGGGAGCUAAAUAGCUCAUAUCUGCAUAUUUGAAUACUCAAAAAAAAAAUCAAACACUUUUAUAAUAUUUUAUAGAAUUUAUUGUCACAUUCACUAUUAUAUUUUGUCUGUCAUAUUUUACACCUAUUAUUUCUUUACCUGACUGCUAUGUUUCUAAUUGGGAUUUUUUUCCCUUUCAAGAACAUGUUUUCAUACGCCAAACACAUCAUUUAACAUAAGGGGAGUUUUUAUUUGUAAACAUGUAUUCAUACGCCAAACACAUUAUAAAAUAGUGCACAAGAAAGUACGCAUAUAUAUUGACAUUUAUUCCUGUGAUAUUAAAGCAUUAUAAUAACUAUCAUAGCGGACUUUUUUCUCGCUAUUGGAAAUUUUUCACGCACGAAAAUACAAGCACCCCGGGAGUUUGAUCUUAGGGCAAUAUAAUUUUCAAGCGCUCUGGUGAUGCAGAUUUUGAAAAACAGACGCCCUGCUACCGGGGCGCUAAAAUAACUGUUGUAAUUCUAUUUACAUGCUUGUAUUGAUAUGUGCUUGUUCAGCCAUUAUUAUUUGAAAAAAAAUAUGUUUAAAAACAUCCUAGAAAGCGGCCACCUGCCAGCAUUUUAAAGCACCUUCUUUUAGGGUUUGCUUUAGAGUCACUUCCGAAAAGUGAAGAAAAAUUCUGAUUAUUCUCAGAAUGAAAAAAAAAAAAUUAUCAAUGCAUUUUUUUUUAUAUUUAUAUCCAAUUUUUGUGUUACUCCUCAUUUAACAUCUUUGUAACCUUUGUAUAAAAAGGAUUGGCCCUAAGCAUAAGGGUUGUGCUAACAUGUACCGCCAAUGUCCAAUCCUUAAUCCAUCAUUUAACAUAUACUUUUCAUAUUAUAAAUCAAAAUAUACCUUACUGUGAUAAUUAUUAGUAUAGGGUCGUUUUCUUAUUGAGCAUUAUAUUUGUUUAAUUUUUCAGGUUCAUUUUUAACUGUAAGGUAUUUAAUUACUGAAAGAUACAAAAUCAAAAGUUCUUUAUCACUAUUUAAAAUUAUCCAGGACAGUUAUGUAAUGACCAUUUGUUUAAAGUGUCAUUUACAGUUAUAUCUAAAACAAAUACAUUUAUACACAUGUAUUUACAUGAAAGCUUUGCUCCAAAUCCUUUACUAAUCUCAGUAAUAUUUUACUAAAUCUUAAUAUGUUUAAUGGCAGUCAGAGUAGUGGUGGCAUUUAUCAAUUGUAAUGUGUUUUUUAUGUACUAUUUAUGUGUUGUUAAUCUGUGAUAAAUUCUGUGUUAACAAGUUUUAUUGUUGAAAAGAGUUUUAAGAAUGCAUUGUGACUCUGCAAAAUGAUCUGAAUGAAGAUAACGUUUCCAAUUUAUUUAUUUAUUUAUUUAUUUAUUUAUUUAUUUUUAACAAUGAUUUGAACAAAUUACAAAUUCAUUAAUUGUAUAUAAUGGUAUAUGGUCAGUUAUAGUGUAUAUAAUUGGGUAUGUUGUGACUAUGUGUGUUUUACUUGAAUGUAUUGUGCUUUACAUACUGUACAACCACUUUAGGUUUUUUUUCGGUAUUUUUCAGUGAAAUUCAGAGUAAAUAUGUAUUUCGGGCUGUUGCAUAAGGAUUUUUAGAUAAUAAAUGUUGUAGUUUCUGGCAACAUAGAAAUUUUCAUAAUUUUUGAACAUCUGAUUUAAAGUAAAAUAAUAAUGUUGAUAUGGCUAUUUCUAUUAAAAUUCCAAUGUUUUGAUAGGUUGAAAGAUUCUUUUACAAAUAAAUGCAAUUACUUCAGGUCAAAAAACCUUAUUUCGAGAUAUCCUGAAAGUUUAAAAAACAUUUAGUGAUUCAAAAAUUACAUCACAAAAUUCCCUUUCAAAUAACCUUUGAAUUUAAAAAAAUGAUCUCACAAAUUUCAGCAAGAUUUGUUCACAUGUGAAAAAAGAAGAAAAUAAUAUUAUAAUUAAUUACCUACAGUAUGUGAAACCCGCAACAUAUUUUAUUUUACUUAAUGGAAGGCAAGUCUGUUUUCGAGCGCCUUUUCAUUAAUUUAUAUGUUAUUGUUGUAUAAAUCUGUGAUAUCAUUGUUUUAGAAUUGCUCUUACAACAGUCAAGGAAUGGAUUACCUUUUUAAAAAUAGAACAUGGUUUAUUCAUGCGUGAAAUGUUGCUGUUAUGUUGUUAUACAUUUAGUUUAAUGGUCUAACAGAGUAAUUUUGUUGUAUAGGUACCGGGGUAAUUGGAACUAUAUUUAGCAGUAUGUUUCAAACAUUGUUUUUUUUUAUCUUUAAAAAUUUUCUUUUAUUUUUUUUAUUCGUGUUGGGUGUGAAAAUAGUCUCAUACAAAUAUAUACAUAGAUUAAACUAGAUAACAGUUAUAUCUUGUCUGAUGAUUUACUUCAUAGCUUAGAAUUUGAAUUAGAAUUAAUAUAACUCUUAUUUAUGUGAUACUCAACUUUUUAUUUAGUCCUUAUACUUUUACAUAAUAGGUUAUUUUUCUGUGUUUUUAUUUGAGGAUUCCGCCGCGUGACAUUUGUGUGUGGUGUAGUAUAUCGUAUAUACGGACGUUGCGAUCAUGUAGUCAUGUGACUUGUUUUAUGUUGACUUGCCAGUAAUAACAUGGCAUGUCACAAUAAUUAUGUUGAUUUAUCUAGUUAAAACCAGACACCAGAUGGUCCCAAAAUCAGCAAAUACAGUAUUUCCUCUAAACAAGGCUAGAAAUGCUAAUAAAAACUAGUAUGAAACCGAUUUUAAUCACUUUACAUGAUUAAAUGAAUAUUUUGUCACUUUCUCAGCUGAAUUUACCUGUUUAAAAUAGCACACAAUGGUUUCCCAGUUAAUAGUGAGUAUAUAAAGCAUGUGAAAGUCACAUAAUUAGUGCAGAUACAUUUACCAAAGCUAUUUUAAAAUUUACUGGUUUUUACUGGUACUCAGUAAAUUUCGAAUUGGAAAAGUACGCAAAAACGAUUUUUUUCUUGCAAUGGUAUCAUCUGGUGUCUUGUCCUUUUAAUAAGUGAACAAGUUGACAUAAUUAUUGCGACAUGCUGUGUUAUAUCUUGCCAGUGGUCAUAAAAAUAAGUAAACAUGACUACAUCAUUACAUGAUCUGUAGGUACAAUAUACUCUUCCAUAAUUUGUGAUUUGGUUUGAUGACUUAUAAAAUUAUGUUGAGAUCUGAUUUACAUUUUUUAUUAGAAGGCACUUUCAAAAGACAUAAUAUUAAAAACUUCUUUUAGUGAGGCAAAUAAUUUUAAUGUCUCAAAUUUGCGAUUUAAAUAUUUGCUCAAACUUUACUGAAAACGCAUAUUUUUAAUAGUUUGCUCAAAAUAACUACAUGAUUAUAUUUUGGAAGUUUAAAUGUCCGCAAUAACAUUAUCUCUUUGUACAUUACGAUAGCAUCUGUUCUAUUGUUUCUAUUGUUUUUUUACCAGUAAUUGUGAUAUUUUGCUUAAAAGUGUAAAUUUUGCAGUUUAAUAUUUGCAUGUAAAAGAUUGUCUUAUUUACAUAAAUAUUUUGCUAUUGUUUUUUCGAUUGCAUAUAUUCAGCCAGGUUGUUACAAUAUUUUAAUUGUGAUACUAUUCUCUCAGCUACCAGGAGCCAAAUUAUUUAAGCUUCUUAGUAAAAAAAAUUCAAGUUUGUAAAAUAUUACGAAUGAUUAACAGCGAAUCAUUUAAAGCAAAUUUACUAACGGUUUAAGAAAAAUGCAUAAAACAUCAAUUUUCAGACUUAAAUAUGAAAAUCUGCGAUCUGAUUUUUUGUCAGCAGUCUUAUAUCACUGGUUUUCAUGCAUUUUCGCAUAAAUUGGCUCGUUCUAAGACAAAAAAUAAAAAAGUUGCCAUCACAUUCAAUCUGUGAGAGUGCAGCUUUAAAAACACUCUUAUUUAACCAGAUUUAUUCAUAGGCAUUUAUAAUUUAGACCACUAUCUCUUGCAAAGACAUUGUUAGUUUAAGCUUAAAAGAAACAUAUUUUCACUGAGUUGAAUUUUUUUACUAGUAUGCUUUUUGAAUAUGGCCCCUGUAUUGAGUUAAAAAAAAAUUGUUGUAUUCUUUAAAUAUGCAAGAAUUUAUUGGAAGAAUGAGACCUGAUUUUACUGUUUUAUUUUAAAAAUAACAUAUUUGCUGUUGUUUAUAUAUUUUGAUAAUAUUAGAAUUAUAGAUUAUAAAACAAAAUACCUGUUAAAUCACGCGUUUGUUUACAUCGAUCAAUAAUUCGAUGAUAUAGAUGAUUUAAUUUAAACUCCACUCCAGUAAUUUUCCUGUCACCUUUAAGAUUUACGACGAUAGGAAAACUUACUCUCGAAUUAAAUAUAGUUUUAGAGAGUAGACAAAUAACAUUGUGCUGCCGAUUCGUUCUGCAAUCAUAACCAUUCUUUGGUUGAAGAAGACACAACAAGUAUCAGUGUGUAUAUACCACGUGAUAAAUUACGUCAUAUAUGCUACGUCGGAAGGCAAUA